AUGGCGAAAAAAUCUCGGAGGUCCCUGAGCAAAACUAUCUUCACAAGCCACCAGCUAGACGAGCUGGAGAAAGCGUUCAAAGAAGCUCACUAUCCCGACGUGUUCGCCCGAGAGCUUCUUUCUGCUAAGACGGAUCUUCCAGAAGACAGAAUACAGGUGUGGUUCCAGAACCGGCGAGCCAAGUGGCGUAAGACGGAGAAGACUUGGGGCCGGAGUUCUAUCAUGGCGGAGUACGGCCUGUAUGGGGCCAUGGUCAGACACUCGCUGCCUGCCGGGGGAACAGAGGCCGCGUCAGAGCCGUGUGCCGGGGAGAUGACCAGUGUGGACACAUCCUGGCCGGGGGAACAAGGUUCGCCGUGUACCAAGUCCCGACAACAAAACCUCACCAGUGAGCCUGCCCUCAAUGUGUGCAACUCUAUGCCAGGCUCUGACCUGGCGAGACUGACCGCUGGCCAUGGUCUGACUCCGCCGAGGGCCAAAGAAGAGCACCACCAUCGCCCCGCGGAGAAGGAGACAGCGGUGAUAGCUCCUUUCCCUGCACAGACCGGUGGGCUCAUCAUGAUAGGUCAGGCAGAGAGACUGGGCAGUUCGGUGACUGAGGCAUCAUCAGAGACGGUCAUUUGA